GUUUGAAUUGAAAACAAUAACAAUGUUCACUGUUCAUGUUCAAAAUAUAGAGUUAUUUUAGUUAUAUGAUCCGAAAAAGCCUGGAAAGUUAUAAUAUUUUGCUCAAUAAUUAUCAUUCAUGUUUCAUCUGAAAUGAGUAAAAACUUGCAAUCGGCAACAAAACUUACUGAAUUUGCACCUUUACAAUCAGAGGAUGCUAAACCACAAAGUGUUGGACAAUUCCUCACUAGUUUCUUCAAAAAAAAGAAUGCUAUUCCAGAGGAAAACAUUUCUGAUGAUGCCGAUAAUGCCAUUUCAGAUUCUUUACCUAACUGGGCUGUUGAUUCUCCAACAGAUUUAACAUUCUCUGGAAAAGAAUCAUCUGCCAAUGUUUAUGCUGUUGAUGUCAAUGAAGGACGUAGUUUACCAAAUGUUCUGAAGAGGAUUAGUAAUCUUUUGGCUCUCAAAAGCAGUAAUUUACAAGACUAUGGAGAUACCGAAUUGAAACAAUAUUGGAUGCCUGAUUCUGUAAGCAAGGAAUGCUAUGAAUGUUCAGAAAAGUUCACAACUUUCCGUAGAAGACAUCAUUGUAGAGUUUGUGGACAAAUAUUUUGUUCGCAAUGUUGUAAUCAGCAAAUACCUGGGAAAAUAUUCGGCUGUACUGGUGAUUUGAGAGUUUGUACAUAUUGCUGCAAAGUAGUUCUCUCAUAUUUGCAAUCAUCUGACUUCGCAAUAGAUUUAUCUACAGAUUUGAGAUGUCUUCAGGAAAGUUUACAGUCAAAAUUUGGAGUUGAGACUCCAAAAAUAUCAGAUGAUACAAAUUCGAAAACUCCAAGUACUAGUUUAUCGGAUGGAAAUACUUUGAGACGAAAAAUUUCUGUUGGUUACCAGGAAGAAACAUUUGCUUCUGGAGGGUCAAACACAUCAUAUCUAACGACAGAAGAGAAGUGUAAGGCUCUUCAAAAUUCAAUAUCUUUGCGGAAUCUCUUCGAAGAAAUAUGUAAACCAACUAUAGGAAUUAAUUUUGAAACACAUAGAUAUAGGCUCAAAACCUAUACUGAGUGUUUCUUAGGAUCUGAGCUAGUGGACUGGCUGAUUUUUCAGCAAAAAGCAAAAAAUAGAAUCCAAGCAUCUGCACUCUGUCAGGCGCUUUUAGAAGGUGGUUAUAUUGAAAGUGUGUCUGAGCCACAAACGUUUGUUGAUGGUUAUGCUUUCUAUAGCAAAGGAAACAUCAGGUCAAUGCAGUCAUCUAGGACAUCUUUGAAUUUUGAUGUGCCUUUCCAUGAAGAACCCCACUGGGUUCAACAAAUUCCACAGGAAUCCAGUACAACAGAUUCCGACAAUGAGCAGAUGUCGCCUAUAAACAUUAUUCAGGGUAAUAUGACAUCAUCCUCAUCAUACAUGUUGGAUCUGAAUUUAGAAGCAAAUACUGUCUAUUUGUCAAGGCCUCCUGAGGUAGAAUUUAAAUUCUCAGAUGUGAGUGAACCAGAUCAACGAGAACAUGAAGGAAAUACAGUUGUUAGGCCUACGGAACAGUUAGAAGCUGCACCAGAAUCGGGUUGGUUCAAUGCUUCCAAUCUUAGAGAAGAAAAUGGAGAAAAGUCUGCCUAUAAUCUAUUAACUGAAGCAUCUGAUCAGCACAUGCAGAAUCUACUCAGACAAUUGUUAUCCUCGAAAGGAUUAUCAUUGUCUUGGUCUGAAGUUAUUAGUACUCUCAUUCAUAACAUCAUUGCGAAUAUAAGGCCAGAUAAAAACCAUGAUGCAGUGGACCUGGACAUAAGACACUAUGUUCAAUUCAAAAUAAUUUCUGGAGGAUUACGAAGUGAUACUUCUUUGAUAGGAGGCAUUGUUUGUAGCAAAAAUGUUGCUCAUAAACGAAUGUCAACAGACAUACAGAAUCCACGAAUUCUACUACUCCAAUGUUCUAUUGUGUAUCAAAGAACAGAAGGAAGGUUGUUGUCUUUAGAACCUGUUUUAAUGCAAGAACAUGAAUAUUUGAGACAUGUUGCUGCAAGAAUAGUGGCCCUUCAACCGGAUGUAGUAAUUGUACAAAAAAAUGUUUCUCGUCUCGCUCAGGACAUGUUGAGAGAACAUAAUAUUACUCUUGUCCAGAAUGUGAAACAGACCGUAUUGGAACGAUUAUCUAGAUGCACGCAGGCUGACUUAGUUUCAUCUGUAGAUGCUCAUAUUGGGAGGCCAAAGUUAGGAUUUUGUAAACGAUUUUACUUGAAGAGAUUCAAUAUUGAAAGAGGUGGAUCAAAAACUCUUAUGUUUUUCGAAGGGCUUCCCGUAUCUAAUCUAGGAUGCACAGUACUUCUGAGAGGUGCAUCUAGAAUCGAAUUGAUGCAAUUGAAAAAAGUGUCUUCAUUAUUAUUAUUCACAGCGUACAACUGGAGGCUCGAGAAAUCUUUUUUGAUGGAUGUUUCUGCCAUGCCACCAAAUACAAAAUGCGAAUUUUUUGAAGAUAGCAGGGAGAAUUCUCCAGAUUUUCCACAACCUAAAGUAUCAUUCGGUGAUAAUCAUUCAGAGACAGUCCAAGUGAAUGAUAAGAUUGAGAAGACAGUGUUGAAAAAAUCAAACAACGAUCAAAAUCGUGAAGACAGAAAAAUCACAGCUGAAAGUGUUGAGGAUUUUACGGAUCCUUUACAUUCCUAUCACAAUGAUUCAGGCAGAACAAAUGAUAAUAUCAAUAAUGAAGUAUUUACAGUUGCUGAAUUACCAUUUUCUAAUAGUUUUCGAAAGCAUUUAGAUGAUAUAAUCUUAUCCAUAUCACCAUAUAUAGUAUUUCCUGUACCCUAUUUGGAAACGGAACUUGGGAAGAAAUGUAAAUUAAGAAGUUUUUUUCCAAAACAUAUUUAUUCUAGUGAACAGUUUGGUAAUGGCAAGAAAAUGAAAAGGAAGGAUUCAGAACAUAAAACCAAUCAAGAUUCAACUGUUAAACCUUAUCAUCCAUUCUUACUUUCAAAAAUAACCGCAAGUGCAGACGACGUGAACAUUCAAAAUAUGCUUGCAAACUUCCGGGCCUGCGGUGGUAGAUAUGAGAAAAAGGAAAAUAUGUGUGUGAAGAUUGUUCCAAAGAAUUCGGAGAGAACAGAAUCUGACAAUUCUAGCAAAGAUGUAUUUGAUCCAAAUAAUCAUCAAAGAUUAGCAGUAUUGUUUUGCAGUUAUAGUUCUGAGUCUAACAAUUCUCCUGCCUUCUGUGUGAAUCCAUGGAUUGUUUACAUGGACUUUUAUGGAAGAAAUGACAUUCCGUUGGGCUGUUUUUUGGAACGGUAUUGCUUCAGAUCCACUUACAACUGUCCCUCCAAAUCGUGCGAUACCCCAAUGGUGAAACACAUUCGUAGAUUUGUACACAAUUCUGGAUGCGUUACCAUCUGCCUCAAUUACUUCGAGAAUGAGUUUUCUGAGCAGCAUAUUGUUACAUGGACGUGGUGUACUAAGUGUCAGAUGGUAUCGGCAGUUGUUCCCAUGUCGGCUGACAGUUGGUCGUAUUCUUUUGCAAAGUAUCUUGAAUUGAAGUUUCAUGGAGAAUUGUUUACGAGGAGGGGCAUGUCAGCUUGCAGUCAUAGUUUGCAUCAUGAUCAUUAUCAGUAUUUUGGAUAUAAGAAUUUUGUGGCGACAUUCAAAUAUUCUCCCAUUAGUAUUUGGGAAAUAUCUUUGCCACCAUCUCUGAUAGACAUCAAAUAUGAUAUUAAUGACCUUCAAUCGCAACUGAUUGAUGACAUAAGAAUUAUGUCCCAAAAAGGACAUGAGGUAUUUUCAUCCAUAUUAGACAAAUUGAUCACCUUGCCUGGUGAUGAGUCAGAUACUGUUGUAAACUUAAAACAGAUUAUGUCAAAAGAACAGGGUUUUUUCAAACAAAAAGUGGAGGAGUUACAGUUAAAACUAACCUCACCGUCUAUCGAAAAUAAAGAAUUUGAAGAAAAAGUUCCAGGCUUACAUUCAUCAUAUUGGAAAAUAUCUGAUAAUCUUGUACGAAUAAAAAGAUCAAUCAUCGAAACAACAGAAUAUUGGAAUAUGAAAUUGAGCGAAGUCACUCGUAAAAAAGAAAAUGAUAAAAAAAAGGAGAGACUAGCCCCUGUUGAUUCAGACAGUCCGAAUACAGAAGAAAUUGAGGUUGAAUGCCAAGAAAAUUCAACUUUUGUUCCAGAUGAAAAGGAUCACAAUAUAUCAACUAUCAAGAAAAUGCAAAGCCUUGAUAAUAGUGACAGUGAUUCUUUUACCCCUUCGUCACCCAGGAGUCAUCAUAGAUCACAAUCUGAUGGUACAGCUAUAUGUCAAAUUGAAGAUUCAGUUGAUGGUAAGAAAGAGUCAGACAAAAAGCUGAAGACUAUUCUAUCACAUUUACUGCCGUCCUCGACAAAUAUCUCUACAAUACCGGCUCCUUUUGGAAAUCAAGAACAUUAUAUUCUUCCUGAAUCAUAUAUUCCUGUUGUCGUGAAAGAAAAUGAGCCCAGCUCAGUUAUAGCUUACACCCUUGCUUCGAGUGACUAUAAGAAAACAUUAGAAGAGUUGGUUGGCAGGAAAACACAAAAUGAUCAGUCUUCAAGUCCUAUAUGUAAAAGACGAAAUAACAGUUGCGAUAAUGACAAGAAUGAUGAUGACAAAUCAAUGAGUUUACUUGGAUUCUUGAGGAGUAAGGAAUCUAAUGAUUUAUAUAUUCAGUCGCCAACAGCUACAAAUACAGAGAUCAAUUCUGAAGUUCCUCCCAAUACUUCCGAAAAAGCUGAUGUGGCAAAGAAAACCAGGAACGCACAUAUCGAAGUACAGUUUCAUGAUUCGAAUAGCAACUUCUUUUGCAGAGUUUAUUUAGCAGAAAAGUUUGCCGCUCUUCGUAAUGCAGUUUUACCUAUGGGAGAAGAUGGUUUUAUCAGAUCAUUAUCGAAAUCUGUACAGUGGAAUGCAAGAGGUGGGAAAUCUGGUUCGAAUUUUUCUAAAUCUGCAGAUGACAGAUUCAUCUUGAAAGACAUGUCUAAAUCAGAAAUUCAACUAUUCUUGGAAUCGGCAUCAUAUUACUUUGAUUACAUGAAUAGAUGUCACACUACCAAACAACCGACAUUACUAGGCAAAAUAGUUGGAAUAUACCAGAUAGUAUUCAGAAACAAUACCAGUGUACCUUAUAGAAGCAAUUUAUUGGUGAUGGAAAAUCUUUUUUACAACAGAAAAGUCUCUCAAAAAUUUGAUUUGAAGGGCUCUAUGCGAAACAGGCUGGUGAUCCCAGAUAAUCAAGAAGGAGAGAUAGUGCUGCUCGAUGAGAAUCUUCUUAAAAUGACUUGCGACUCACCUUUGUAUAUAUUACCGCAUUCCAAAUCGGUUUUGAUUGCUGCUAUACAAAAUGACACUGAAUUUCUGUCAAAUCGGUCUGUGAUGGAUUAUUCGCUUCUGGUCGGUUUGGAUUCGGAAAAUAAGGAGUUAGUCCUUGGAAUCAUAGAUUACAUCAGGACUUUCACCUGGGAUAAAAGAUUGGAAACAAUGGUGAAAAGAAGUGGCAUUCUAGGUGGCCAAGGAAAAUUGCCCACCAUUGUUUCACCAGAAGAAUAUCAAAAACGGUUCAUGGAAGCAAUGCAUCGAUACUUUUUAGAAGUACCUGAUCAUUGGGCAGGUUUAGGUAAAGGUCUAGAUUUGUAAGAUGUGUGUUGAUUCAGAUUUUUAUUUAUAUUAUGAUGUGAGUUUAUAAGUUGUAGACCAAUGUAAUGAUCUAUGUAAUAUAUUGUUGACUAUUCCA